AGGAGCAUGCUGCCCGGGAAGAAGGCUCUUUAGCGGAGAAGGAAGAAAGAGAAGACACACACCAGAGGACAAACAGAAAAUCUCAAACAGAUACUUCUUCCUCAUUGACUUCUGCUCCUGGUGAGUCGCUACCGCUGGCCAGGAAGGAAUCCCCGCCUCAAGAUGGUGGUGUCUUUGGGGAAAACUCUGAACCAGCCUCGGGGCUGGCGAUGAAUAGACUAACACCAUCGCCAGUGGAUGGAGUCGCCGCAGCACCACCAGAACCCACCGCCCCACUUCAGCUACAGAGAAGGCCCUCUCCAGUGGAACACACUGACUCUAGUAAGAAGAACACCAGUGAAAAAUUUGUAACAAAGCCGCUGGAAAGACCGCAGCCAGACGAACAGACCCCAAGAAAUCAGAGCCGAAACCGCUCGGCUUGGCAAGGAAAACAUCUCCCGUUGAAUCUGCAGGGACCAAUUGGAACCAGUCCCUGAGAAGCGGAUCAGAAACCACACGUAGUAGGGACUCUGAAACCUCGUCAGGAAGGAAGUCACCCACCGACGGCAGCGAGCCAAAGAGGAAAGACUCGAAGCCAGUUCCGUUGCGAAUGGCACCAGUUGCUCCGACAGCUGCAGGGAAAAAGAACGACCCACAACCGAAACCGUUGUCAUCGUCGUCGCUCAAGCAGCAAGGGUGUUCGUCUCGGGCCCGGCAAAGGCCGGCACCGGAGGUCGUCAAUCGCGGAGGAAGGUCGGAGCCGACGCCACACCAGAGUCAGGUGAUCCAGGAAGAAGGCGUGACCCACCGCGCCCCCGUCUACAGGGAGGUGUCCGAGUGGGCAAACGUGUCUGAGGAAGACGAUAAAGUUUCGCAAGCUCCCCAUGUGGAAACAGGCUCUCAUUCGGAGGAGACGAGCCGACAUUGCGAAACGCAUGGGACACACCACUUCAGUCGAUGAUGUCCCGUUGGCAAACGGGCCUGUCCCGAAUACCAAUCAACAGGGUACUGGGCCUGUCCAUCAGAACUUGCGAGGUGUCCCGUCUGAGGAUCGGACGGCAAGUAUUCCACCCUGGAAACAGCAUAUGAUGCAGAGGAAGGCAGAAGGUGGACCAACUGGUACGAACUUGAUGAGUGUCCACGAAAAGAAGCAGCUGCAACCGAAAAGGGAACCGCCUACCAACACAAACACAAACAUAAAGUCACUCCUCGGCCGCUUCAACAAGCCAUCCUCCCCCUCCCCACCUCCUCCUCCCACCUCCACAAGCGUCCCCAAAGUCACCAUCACGUCACGCUCCCCCUCUCCCUCAUCUACGUCACAACUCCCUCACCACCCCACCUCCAGUCGCCCUCCUCCCUCCUCGGCCGGCGUCCCCCCAGUCUCAACAUCUGGACACACUACUAGAAAAUCCUUCACCUGGACGCCAGGCGAAGACACCAUGCCUGGCGAUGCACUCAGCGAUGACAGCAGUGGCGAAGACGAUGAAGAAGAAGGAGAGUAUAGCAUCACAAACCUAGACAACACGUCAGACGAGGAGGAGGAGGAGGAAGAGGGAGAGGGAGGAGAGAGUUCUGGUGUCGUUUUUUACGACCUCCGCAGAUGAUUACGUCUUCUUCGACUACCGACAUCCCCUCUGCCACAUCUACCAGUGGAGAGGGUGGGGCACAGAGAGCUCGAAAGACGUCCUCCAUUCUAGUCAUGUCUGGUCGACACAAGAAAAGACCUCUUCGAAGAGUAGCAUUCAGUGAGGCUGAUCUAACAGUCGAACACUACUAUCCCAAGUACGACUACGGCGACUAUGAUGACACUCAGAAUGACGAGGUCACCACGGGAUUCUCCUUUUCCUUCUGGAAAUCCAGGGAACAAGUAGAGGCCACUGACGGAUCCGACGAACAGAACGGUCUCUCGCAGCGUCUCCAUCCCUCCCUCCGUUCCCCCGAGUCGGACCCCGACAAUUACCGCUAUUCCCCCUCACGAGACUCCGCCCAGCCUGGCCACACCCCUCCCAAGACAUCGUCGUCCUCCUCCGUCAAAACCACAACCAUCACUCUGAGUAACUACACACCCAGCAUAUUGUCUAGUUACGGAGGGGGUGAUGCAUUGCAACAGAGCUACACCAAAGCCAUGGACAAUGGGAUGAGAGAGGAAGAGGAGGAGGAGGAGGGAGGGGAAGAAUUGGUUGAUGGGAGUGGCCAUCUAAUGCCGGCUGACGGUCUACCUAAUUUUUACGCAUCGCUGAGUUCAGACGCGGCAGCAAUGCUGUGGUAGCGGAAAUUGACGUCAUUGUGUGUACAUGUGUGUGUGUCUGCGUGUGUAUAUAGUGUGUCUCUGUGUCUUAGUUCUGUAGUACAUUUCAUUGAUUUUACUAAACCUGUGCAGCCAGUUUUGAUUCCAGUCAUCAGACAAGCAGAACUGCUAUUAUGCAGUCAAUCACCUUUUCUUUGUUGUCAUUUUACGAUAAUUUAAUACUUUUACACAUAAUUAUAAUAAUUAUUAUUUUUCUGGCACAUGUGUAACCCCCGG